AUGGAUGCCAAGAUCCAUCUACGUGCCAAUGGCCUUGGAAAAAUAAUUGUAGAUGGGAGUGAUGCUUCGCCUAAAGAAAACGCAAAGGCCAUGAUUUUCCUUCGCCGCCACAUUCAUGAAGCGCUAAAAAGCAAAUAUGUGGUGGUUGAUGAACCGUUAGUUCUAUGGAAAGCUCUAUGUGAAAUAUACAUCCCAAGAGCCAGAUACGAAUGGACACACUUGAGAUGUCAAGAUUUCAAGACAGUGUCUAAGUACAACUCAGCUAUGCACAGAAUCACCUCUUUGAUGAAGUUAUGUGGUGAAAAUAUCUCUGAGGAGGAUAUGCUCGAAAAAACUUAG